CAGAACAAUGAAUCGGCAAGUACUGUUGUUCAUCUCUCUCGGUUUCCUAGACGCAGUGUUUGCUCAGGCUACAUACUCUAUUCUGGAAGAAAUGCCAAAAGGGUCAUUAGUUGGAAAUAUCGCUCAAGAUUUAGGUAUAGAAACGAAACGUUUGAUAUCAGGUAAAGCUAAAAUCUACACCAGGAAUAGCAAGGAGUACGUCGAACUGGACCGAGAAAGGGGAGUCCUCCUCGUCAAGGAGAGAAUGGAUAGAGAGGCACUGUGCACUGAAACCCCGCUCUGUGCUUUACAUUUCCAGAUUAUUUUGGAGAAUCCUAUGGAAUUGUAUACUGUCACAAUACUGAUCCAGGAUCAGAACGAUAACCCUCCUCAGGUUCUGUAUCCAGUCCUGACUGGUGGCUCUGUGGUGGCUGAAAUGGUGCCUCGUUCAGCAGAUGUGGGCUAUCUGGUCACUAAAGUGGUGGCUGUUGAUGUGGACUCUGGACAGAAUGCCUGGCUCUCCUAUAAACUCCAGAAAACUACAGACAGGGCGCUGUUUGAAGUGGGCUUACAGAAUGGAGAAAUCAGAACUAUCCGCCAAGUCACUGAUAAAGAUGCUGUGAAACAAAGACUGACUGUUAUUGUGGAGGACAACGGACAUCCCUCUCGUUCAGCUACAGUCAUCGUGAACGUGGCGGUGGCGGACAGUUUCCCUGAAGUUCUGUCGGAGUUUACUGACUUUACACACGAUAAGGAGUACAACGACAACCUGACUUUUUACUUAGUGUUGGCUCUGGCUGUAGUCUCCUUCCUCUUCAUCACGUGUUUAGUGGUUAUUAUAUCAGUGAAAAUCUACAGAUGGAGACAGUCUCGAAUCCUUUAUCACUCCAGCCUCCCUGUGAUUCCAUAUUAUCCACCACGUUAUUCAGACACUUUGGGGACAGGGACUCUCCCACACGUGUACAAUUACGAGAUGUGCAGGACGACUGACUCCAGGAAGAGUGACUGUAAGUUCGGGACAGCUAGAAGUCAGAACGUGUUGAUAAUGGACCCCAGUUGUACAGGAACGAUGCAGCGGAUACAGACUGAGAAGAGUAUCCUGGAUGAACCAGAUUCUCCUGUAGAGGUCAGUUUUCAAUAG